AUGGCCGCAAACACUGUUCGACAAACACUUCAUUCGGUCCUUCGCUCCGGGUUUCACCGCCAGAGCACCACGCGAGUCGCAGCAACUCCUAGCUGCGCAGAGCACAAGGGACGAGGCCGCGGAGAGCCCCGCAGGCCCAGCGCCCGAGAGCAGAGCGCUCGCACACCCCCACCGCGGCGGCCGUCACAGCCGUUACCUCCGCUGCUGCCGGGCCCUCCCGCUCUACGUCACGGCGCGCUGCCGAAGCACAGCGUCACGCCGGCUGCUCGCGAGCGUGGCCGCUGCUCCCGGCGUUGGGAGCGCGGUGGAGGCUGCUCCUCUCGGCCGCCCCCUCCUUGGGGAAAGCGGCACCGCCGGCUGGCAACCAUGGAGGAAUCCCCUAACGCAUCUAAGUUGUCCGCCACCGCCCACAAGCCAGGAAGGCGGAAAACGAGCGUGUGGGAUAGAAACACCAUGAAAGGAAAGAUGAAGCUAUCAAAUUUUGAAGGCUUAACUCCUAUGAAAGAAGAGUGUUCAUCAAAAACUACUGCAAAAAUAAAAUUUCUUAAUACGUACAGACUAGAGCCAUAUAAUAAAUUUCAGGAUCAGUUAGUAAGAGGCAGAGCUCAAGCAAUACUAACGAAUAAACUUCAACAAGCCAAAUAUGAUGCAAUUUCUAGUCCAUCCUUGUGUGCUUCACUCUCAGAAGAAAUAUUAAAGGCUACAAAGGAAAUGGGCUUUGACCGUUAUAAGUACGUGGUAACAGUGCUAAUUGUGGAAAAGGCAGGUCAAGCAAUAAAUGUUGCCAGUAGAUGGGUCUGGGAUGUUCAAAGAGACACCUGGGUUUCAGCUAAAUGUGAAACUGAAACAUUCAUUGCACUGGCUUUGAUAAUGGCUUGUUAUUAUGAGUGACACUCCCAAAAAGAUAGACCUGCUUUUGUGCAGCACAGCACUUGGAUGCUCUGAAGAUUUACAAAUAUACCAACAGCAUCAGACCAAAAUUUAGCACAAAAAUAACAGAGCUGACGUGGUAGUUGAGAUAAUUUUGGCCACAUUUGCUUUGUAAAAAUAAUUUCUGAGAUGUGUAUGGUUGAGUACAUAUGGGCUUCAUAUGUUGGUAGCGCUCUGCUGUGGAAGUCAAAGCAAGUGGUGGAAAGCCCAGCUUCAGCAAAUUUUGAAUGUUGCUUGUCUGUUGCAUGCAUUGAGUUGUUAAUGAACGUUUACAAUAAACUGUAGGUAAUGGUUUUCUGGAA